CGCAGUCUGUUGACUAGUGACGUCACUUCCUGACACAUUUCGUUCAUCAACAGCUGGUAAAGGACAGCAUCGCACAGAGAAACACAGUUUUGUGUGUCUGUAGCUCCAGAUGAUUCAUUGUUGGAGAGUCAGAGUGAGCCCUGCUCCCUCCCUCUACUGAACACUUCCCUUUCCUACUGCUUCUCCUUCCUCCUCCUCUCCAUCCACCAGCGAUGCUUCCCAGCUGUUCCUGCCUGUCACGCUACACUCACCAUCACCUGGUUGCCUUUCUCCUCACCUUUUUUAGCUACGUGUUGCUGCAUGCUUCGCGUAAGACUUUCAGCAAUGUGAAAGUGAGCAUCUCUGCACAGUGGACCCCUUCAGUGCAGAAUGGCAGCUCUCCUGCUUUUUCCCCUGGAGAGACGUGGGAAGAUAAUCGGCUGUUUGCAAGUGCUGAUCAGGCCACACUGUUUUUGGGUGUCCUGGAUACCAUAUUUCUCUUCUCUUAUGCUGUGGGUUUGUACAUUAGUGGCAUCAUAGGAGACCGUCUGAACCUUCGUUACGUUCUCUCCUUUGGGCUGUGUGGCUCAGCUGUGGUGGAGUUUGUUUUUGGCACUCUGACAGAAUGGCUGCAUUUUUAUAACCUGUAUUUCUACUGCUGUCUGUGGGUACUGAAUGGCCUGUUGCAGUCUGCAGUCUGGCCCUGUGUGGUGGCCGUCAUGGGAAACUGGUUCGGUAAAUCUGGGCGAGGCUUUGUAUUCGGCUUGUGGAGCGCAUGUGCAUCAGUGGGAAAUAUUCUAGGAGCGUUCCUGGCCUCCAGUGUUCUGAAGUAUGGUUAUGAGUAUGCUUUCCUGGUGACAUCAGUGGUGCAGUUUGCAGGUGGAGUAGUCGUGUUUUUCGGUCUGCUCACCUCCCCAAAGGAAGUGGGUCUCUGUGAAGGCACUGUAACUGGUCUAACAACAGUGGAGACAGACACAGACAGUCAUCGGCCACUCAUGAGCGACAAUGAAGAGGAUGAGGAUGAAGUGGUGUGUGAUGGAGGAUACUAUUCUAUACAAAAGCAGGAUGAGGAGCCGGAGCCCCAAACCAAAGCCAUUGGCUUCUUCAAGGCCUUCUGUCUACCAGGAGUCAUACCUUACUCACUUGCCUACGCAUGCCUGAAACUGGUCAACUACUCUUUCUUCUUUUGGCUGCCAUUUUAUCUGAGCAACAACUUUGGCUGGAAGGAGGCAGAAGCAGACCGGCUGUCUGUCUGGUAUGAUGUAGGAGGGAUCGUCGGAGGAACAGUGCAGGGUUUGAUCUCUGAUUUCCUGGGGAAAAGAGCUCCUGUCCUGUGCAUUAGUUUGCUGCUAGCCAUGGGAGCUCUAGUGGGAUACAGCCACUCUCCAAAUGACCAGAUUGUGAAUGGAGUGCUCUUAGCCACUACAGGUUUCUUCAUUGGCGGUCCAUCCAACAUGAUAAGCUCAGCAAUCUCAGCAGACCUGGGUCGCCAGGAAGCUCUACAGGGGAGUCAGGAGGCUUUAGCCACUGUCACGGGCAUUGUGGAUGGAACAGGCAGUAUCGGAGCUGCUGGAGGGCAGUACCUGGUAUCACUCAUCGAGAGCAAAUUAGGAUGGAUGUGGGUCUUCUACUUCUUCAUAGUCAUGACAGGAUUCAGUAUCGUCUUCAUCAUACCUCUUAUUGUUAACGAGAUACGCUCCAUGUGCAGAGACAGUCAAGCAAGGACACACCAGCUGUGAGAAUACCUCUCUGUUCACAACCUCUCGUGGAGAGCAUGUCAACUCAUUCAGCAAGAUGCUCGGUUUUCUUCUUAAUUGUUUUUAAAGCUGCUUUUUUAGUUACAAUAGGGGAUAUUGUUUGGUGCUUGAAAUGUUUAGUUCUCGAUUCCAUCUGUGACGCUGACAUUAAUAUUUAUAUAAUGCCAAUGACGGCAACUAGUAAAAUAUCAUCUGGACAAUCAUCAUAACUAAUCUGUUGACAGACUUAAGCAUUUAUUAGAUAGAAAAAAAUAUAUAUGCUUAAUGUAGACCAGAGUGCAGAACGGAGUGCACAAGCUAUUUGAUCAUUAUCUGUUUUUUGAGCUCACCAAAGUGGUUAUAUAAUGAGUAGUUAUAUCUGAUAAAAUGUUUGGUCAUCCUGGUGCCGACAGUGGCAUAUUAGCUUCACAGUAAACCUCUAGAUACUGUAGAGAUCCAGCUGUAAUGAAACUGGAACAAAAACACUACAAAAUAUUCAGUCACCCAUAAAUGUAUGAGAACAAAACCCAAUGAUUUUUUUUUUUUUUUUUACAAGUUGUCUCUCUAACACCAGCAUUUUAACACCAUCAAAGCCAGGGAUUGUGUGUUUAUUGCUAAUAUGAGGGACAGGUAGCAAAUUGAACUGACAUAAAUACAACAAGCCAACAAAUAGAUAUGUUUAAAGUGCCUUUAUUUCCACGUGUAUUUUGAUCUUGAAGAAAUUUCUGCAUUUUUGGUCUUGGAGAUUAUUUCUCUAAAAGUACAAAAGACUCGGCCUAUACAGACAUUUAUUUAGCUGAUACAAUAUUUUUUCAAUCAGUGUAAAAUGAGAUUACUGGGUAUGAAGAAAGACAAUUAUUUGCUAAUGUUGAUCUAUGCUUUGCUUUGCUUUAUUGGCUGCUGUAGAGGGAGGACCUGCCAUAGAUGUGCUCUUGGUAGAGUGUUUUACUGUCAAUCAUUCCACAUUUUAAAUAGUGUCAUCUUGAAUAUUUGUAUUUCUGGGGUUUUUGUUUGUUCCUGGAACUUGAUACCUGUGACACCAUUCUCAAAAGGGAUUUUUUUUUGUAACACUACCAGAACCGUAGUGUUAAUAUCAUGUUGUAUUUAUGUCAAGAUUUUGACCACUCAUUUGAUUCAUAAAUCACCUAGGGAGUUACUUUCAGCCAGUUUAUAAGAUUGCCCUACCAUGUAUCUAUAGUAAAUGGUCAUUUUAUCAGGUAAACCUACUAUAUAAGUCAAUCUGAAUGUGUAAACUGUAGACAGUAUGUCCCUAUGGUACAAUUUGCCGUCCCCCAGAGGAAACGCACCUCCAGAGGACGUCUGGUGCUCACAUAUUAGAUGGGUGGUGCAACAUUCUCAGCACAUCAGUGACGCUCAUUUUGUUUGGCCGAACCCAACAACAAAGUAUUUAAAAACUCCACCAUCCAAUUAUAUCAGAGCUAAUCCCAUGGUGUUUGCUUUUCAUGAAUGGGGUGACAGACGAGCUCUAGUCACUCGUAAUAUGCACCUGUAUGGUUGAUUUACUUGAUAAACUGGCAACUGAGUGAAUAUUUGCAUCUGUGAAGCAAAUAUUCUGAAUAAUUAUUUAUGAAACAUACUGUAUGUUGUACACAGUGAUAGGAGUAUUUUUAAGGUUUAAUUUCUUCCACAUAUAUCUUCUGUGUAUAUGUGUACCUGUAACAUAUGUGAUGUAAUAUUCUGUCCGCUAUCUUAUGACCAAAACUAUUCAGACGUUUAUAUUUGCUUAUUGUUUGUUGGUGUGAACAUGUGGAACUGUUAAAUGCAGGAUGAUAAUGAACACAACAUGCUGUGCCUGGCAUGUAAACCAAUCUUUCAGUAACUAUAAAUAGUUGAUUUAUUGCACAUUUAAUCUUUUUUUUUUUCUUUCUUUCUUUCAUAGCACAUGCUCUCAGAUUUGUUCCUGCUUAAUGAAACAAAAAUGGAAACACUAUCUCAGUGAAGGUUUGAUUUUGUAGAUCUAAUGGAAACUCAACUUGGUGUCAUGCAUAUGAUGUUGAAAUCAAGCUCAGGUUCAUUAGUGAAUGUUACGUUAAUGAUUCAGGAGCAAAGCUAUAAUUUUAACGUAAUGCCAUUUUCUUUUCUUAUUUUUCUUUAAUGUGAAAGGUUUUGUUUUAUAAGAAUGCUUUACGUUUGCACUUCAGAAAAAUGCCUAAACGUUUCUGAUUCAUUUGCCAGAUGUUUACAUGCUCUUUACUUUUCUAUAAUGAAUGCCUAUCCUGUUUUAGAUAAAGAACUGCUUUUAAACUCAUGCAAACACUUUGUAUAUAAAACACUUGGAGACAAAUGUAUCAUGUCAUGAUACAUAAUUUUAUCACUAUAAAUGUCCAGAUCAUUGUUUACAUUAUAGUAAAAAAAAAUAAUUAUGUUACUGAGAUUGUGGUCCAGAUUAGUGAUUUUUGUAGUUUUCCUUCAUUUCCAAAGCUCGUUCAAAAUGAUGAAAGACAGCUGGCUUCUUGAAAGAGCACAGGGGUAGAGAUAAGCUUGAAAGGUC